CAAUACUCGACAUAAUACAAUUCAUUUAAUAUUAAAUCUUAAAAAAAACUUCUUAAUUAUUAAAUACAAAACGGUCUGAUUGCAAGAAGACAAAAAGCAUUUGAUUCAUGUUCCAAUAGUUUGCAAUAACAAUUGCUGUUAUUUGUCCUGGUCAACUCAAGUUUUUAUUGAAUGUUGCCUUUUUUGUUAGUAAACAUAAAACAGUAGAAAAUGCAAUUAUUGUAUUGAAUUUACAAAGGAGAAAUGCAGUGCUUAUUUAUAAAGAAAUGCCACAAACUGGUAGCACUAAUUGAAACUCUUUCAUAGUUUUGCGAAGCAGACAGUUUUAAUAUUGUUUCCAAAUAUACUUUUGUUAUAAUUUCAAAAAUAGAGAACAUGGCAACAAAAUUAAAAACUACUAUUCUCUGGAAAAUCUCAAAUAGUAAAAAUUGUACUGCAUUGCUGAGGAAUAUUUCGAAAGGAGUCAAUACUAACAGAAAAAUGAGUGGAACUGGACAAACAGUAGUUGAUUCAAAACUGCUCCAUUCAAACGUUUGGGAAACUGAUCCAGAAUUGUUUAACCUGAUGAAAAAAGAAAAACAACGUCAGAAACACGGUAUUGAAUUAAUUGCUUCUGAAAAUUUUACUUCCCUCUCAGUUUUACAAUGCCUCAGUUCUUGUUUACAUAACAAGUAUUCAGAGGGCUUACCGGGAAACAGGUAUUAUGGGGGUAAUGAAUAUAUUGACGAAAUAGAAAUGCUUUGCCAAAGAAGAGCCUUACAAGCUUAUAAUUUAAGCUCUCAAAAAUGGGGUGUGAAUGUACAGCCUUACUCAGGAUCUCCAGCAAAUUUUGCAGCAUAUACAGGGGUUGUGGGAGCUCAUGGACGUAUUAUGGGCCUUGACCUACCUGACGGUGGACAUUUGACCCAUGGCUUUUUCACACCUACCAAAAAAAUUUCAGCAACUUCGAUAUUUUUCGAGUCAAUGCCUUAUAAGGUGGAUCCCAGGACUGGUUUAAUCGACUAUAACUUGUUGCAAAAUACUGCCCAACUCUUCAAGCCCCAACUGAUCAUUGCUGGAGUUAGCUGUUAUUCAAGAGCAUUAGAUUAUAAAAAAUUCAGAGAGAUUGCCGAUAAUGUAGGAGCCUAUUUAAUGGCUGAUAUGGCCCAUAUUUCUGGACUGGUAGCAGCAGGUGUUACCCCUUCACCUUUUGAAUACUGUGAUAUUGUUACGACAACGACUCAUAAAAGUUUAAGAGGCCCCCGAGCAGGCGUUAUUUUCUUUAGAAAAGGAAAGAGGGAAGUGGGUGGUAAAAUUAUCGAAUAUGAUCUAGAGUCAAAAAUAAAUCAAGCAGUAUUUCCAGCAUUACAAGGUGGGCCCCAUAACAAUGCCAUAGCCGCGAUGGCAACAGCAUUUAAGCAAACUCUAUCUCAAGAAUUCAAAGAUUAUCAACACCAAAUUGUAAAAAAUGCCAGAAGACUAGCCGCAGGGUUAAUGGAAAAGGGAUAUAAAAUUUUAACUGAUGGUACUGAUGUUCAUAUGUUACUAGUAAAUGUUAAGGAUGCGGGAUUGAGUGGGGCAAAAGCGGAAACCAUUUUGGAAUCAGUUCAUAUUGCAUGUAACAAAAAUACUGUUCCAGGAGAUAAAAGUGCUUUAAAUCCUUCUGGUAUUAGAUUAGGCACACCAGCAAUAACAACUCGAGGUUUUACUGAGAAGGAUGUGGAUAAUGUGGCUGAUUUUAUAGACAGGGGCUUAAAACUAGCUAAAGAAAUCGAAAAACUGUCAGGCCCCAAAAUAACAGACUUCAAAAGGGUGUUGUUCGAAGAUGACGACAUUCAAGUUAAGGUAAAGGCCUUGCAGAAUGAGGUAACUCAAUUUAGUUCUAAAUUCCCUCUGCCAGGUUACGAGGAAUACUAAUUAUUUAAUAUUAGAUCACCGAAAUCUUUUUUUUUAUAAUUUUAUAAUUAUUAACUAUUUGUUAAGCACCAGAACAUACCUUCAAAUAGCUAUACUAAAAAUUUUUUUCCUAUGCUAAAUUAAAAAAGAAAAAGGAAAGGCAAAUUGGAAACAAAUUCAAUUUAUUAAA